GGCCCUUCAAUGACAUUCGAGGAGAAAGUUCUGGAAGCAAAACAAAGAAUUCAGUUCCGGAUGAAGAAGACGCGUGGCCCUCAAAAUAUAUGCGAGGUACCAGGUGUCAAAGACAUUUGCAACUGGUUGAGAAAGGCAUUUAAAGGGCGCAAACCAUCCGUGGACUUCGACAAUGAUAUGUUUAGCAUCUCUCAGGGCUUGCGUGGGUCGUCCUGGCGUGGCAAAGACUGCUCUGACACCUCCCGAAACGUGUACCCGGGCACCAAACCACUGGCCGAGGACAGAACCUUCGAUUCCAACUGUAACGGCAUUUUCGGAGUGAACAAGAAAACUGCGAGAAGUUACGAGGAAGAGCUGUGUGGUGCCUCCCAGCCCCGCGGAGUCGCUGUCCUUGGUGACUCUAUCAGUGCUCACUUCCACAUGCCUCCGCAGUGGCUGGAUGCCACACUCAUUUCUGAGAAAGUUUUUGAGCAUCUCAUACUGGUGGUGGAGAACGAGAUUGACUGGCCUAUGUUGUCUACAGUAACAGGCCACGGCAAAAACAACUGGACGGAAGUUAUCACCGGGCCCAUAGACUCUUUGUAUCUGCGCAUAAGAGACAGAAAUAGAUGCAACCACAGAGACUAUCAAAACAUUGCUGCUAAUGGUGAAGACUCGAUUGGCAUGCAGAAUCUUGUGAAAACACUGGCCCGAAAUCCCCAGAGAGACCAUCCGAUCAUUGUCCUCUAUGCUCUUAUUGGAAAUGACGUUUGCAACGGGUACCCUGACACAGUCGCUCACAUGACGACCCCUCAGGCAAUGUACGACAACACGGUGAACACGCUGGAACAUCUGCAUGCAACGCUGCCCAACAACAGUCACGUCAUAAUGAUGGGUCUGGCUGACGCCCGCAUUCUUUACAACAGUAUGGGGCACCGGAUACACCCGGUGGCCACCCACUGGGGCCACUUCACGUACGGCCAGUUCUACGACUUUAUGAACUGCUUGCAGAUUUCACCCUGCUCUGGUUGGUUGACGACGAAUGGCACUUUGCGAAACCUGACAGCCGAGAGAGCCGAAGAGCUGUCAGAAGCCCUGAGGAAGGUGUACAGAGAUCACAAAAAGAGUUAUUAUAACUUUGACCUUCACUUCAUCGAAAAUCCUAUGCCAAAUGAUUGGCCAGGCACUACUUGCCAAAGUCCUCUGGAGGGAGUUUGAGACAAAACACCCAGAGAUUCUGGGCCCGGUGAAUCCAAACAACGAGGAGAUUGGGAGACUGUUUGGUAAUCAGGGAGGAUAUUGAGGGAAUCGCCUCAUGAAGCCACGAUGGGGGGAGUCGAAGCAAGGGCCAACAAUUUUGCAUCGGAAGACGAGACUACAUGCCCUUCUUUAUCAUGUGUCAUUGACAAAUAAACUCCUACACCCGUGUUGUUACUGUUAGGUUAUAUGCACGGUGCUUUUCAGCUCAAAGGACAUGGGUUUGAGUCCCGCAUGGGGCAGACACAAUGUACUGCUUCUUUUUUUCUGCUGGAUUGUAAUUGUAUCCUCACCGCAAAUGUGUUGGUCUUGACAGACGGGGUGGGGAGGGUUGGGGUGGUAAAACAGCCUGCCUUGUAAUUGGUCUGUUCUUAAAACGAACGUCUCGCGGGUGCUGUAAAUUGAAAAACAUUUCAUUGUUCUUUGUUCGUUGUUCAUUGUUUCAGGAAGCAACAUCCCUGCAUUCCGGACAUAUCCAUUGAAGCUCCGU